AUGGCAUACAUGCAUCAUACCUACGGACCUAGUUGCCACUUGGCUCGGAGUGUCUCUUUCGGGGAAAUUGAAGACGGGGACGACAUACCGCAACUAAAGCCACAAUAUUUCUUCAGGUCGGACCCCAUCGAUGAUCUUUCUGUAGUCCCCACCACGGCUGGCUCAGACUCCAAAGGUUCGAAACAUCCAUUACGUCCAUUUUCCGCGAGCGACAACUUUGCGCUAGAGGAAGCCUGGUUGGACUUCUCUUCGCCAAAGUCCAAAAAGAAGGACAAGAAGCAAGAUAAAAAGCGCCCAUCACGGCCUGGAGACAAAACCAACACAGACGACCUGACCGGCAACCUCCCAGAGAGCGCUAAAAGUGUGGAAAAGGACAAGAAUAUCAAACAGGCUGCCACGCUAUCCGCCGGUCUCCCUGUUGACAUUCUAGACAGCAAACAGAAUGACAAGAAUUCGAAACUCACGCCAGAAGGGGAAAGCUCGAAAACGACAGCUGAAACCUCUGCGGGUAAGGAAGAUAGGCAUAGCCGGAGACACGCGCGGGCUGAAGCUGCACUUGGGAAGAUUAAGAGACGAGUAUCUACAUCCCCGAGGAAACAGAUUCGCGAGAGCAGAGACAGAAGAUACGGAAAAGAAGCUGAGGGGUCAACCGGCAGGAAAGCAGACGUCAAAGGAACUAUCCAUAAUUCGGAUAUCGAUGAGGGCAACGCCAACAAUACAGGUUGUGACGAUACUCGUCAAAUUGAUUUGGAUGCCGCAAAUUCGACCUGCUGCGGCAUUCUUGAAGCAGAUGGUCGAUUAGAGCAUCAUGAUUGUGUCAACCCUAGGAGCGACGCCAGUGGUACUGCCCAACAUCCAAUCUCGGCUCAACAUUCCAUGAGCGAUUGUCAGCGGGAUGGGACUGUAGAAAAUCUGGCUGCACAACAGGGUACGGAUGUUAGCGAGCAAAAAACAAAAGAAUAUCGCCUGUUCGAGAAGCACGAGGAGUCAAAGGCACACAAGGAAUAUGAAAAGCACCUCCACCAGGAACAUGGAGGCCGCCAUGCCACCCUUUCUACCGAAGACCAAAAUUCGAAGAUUGAUGAGUCAGUUAAUGAGCCAAGGUCCUUGUCUCCGGCGUUGCUAUUCAGAGCAAAAGGAAAGAGAGCAGAAAUCUUACCAGAUUCGAAGAAAGACAAGCUCACAAAACCUGCUCCAUCGGAGUCUCCAGCCUCUUCACCCAAAGCCAAAGAAAGGUCGGAGGUAGAAUCCCUGUUGAAGAAGCACAAAUCCAAACAAGGCCUCAGACCAGAUUCGCCUGUCCCCAUCACGACAGGGCGCGGGAAGAAAGACGCCGUAACACCAUCUUCUUCGCCAGGCGCCAUUUCGUAUCCCAGUCAAAGUGAAGAAGCUGGUACGACUGGUCAACCAUUUUUAAAGUUCGAGUCAAAUAAUGAUCAGACACCUCAAAUUGCUAGGGACCCUACCUCUGCUGGUGCCGAAGUUCUCGAUGACCAAAAGAACGUUCACAGAACCGAGGAUGAUGAAUUCACACAAUCGGAACCUGUUGAAAUAGCAGGUUGCAAAGCCAAGAAGGCCCUCAAAGGCGAGACGGACGUUCCAGUAGGCGUGUCACGACUUCACCUGGUCAAAAUACCAGCCCUCCAGAUGCACCCUAUCUAUUGGUCUCCUGUUCACGACAUCGCCGUUGUCACUCGCGGGACCUGGUUUUAUAAGCAGACCAUGUACCCUGUCGAACCUGCUGUUGCUAAUCAGCUUGAGAGUGGGUACCGGGAACUGAGACCUUGGUCGAAAACCUGGAACGACGAACUUAACAGUGCAAUGGAUGUCGGGGCCGUGGGCGAAGAAAAGAUCGUAUACCAACUCUGGCCCAAAGAUGAAGUGCUCAAAAAGGCGCCUUCUAAAAAGGCUGAAAAACAUGUGUCGACUAACCCAUACUGCGCUGCCAAAUGCUUUCACGGAGAGACCGCGGCCGAAGGUACCAUUGACUCGGAGGCAAAUACCGAUAAGUCUAAUAUCAUCACUAAGAAAUAUUCUUCAGCCCAAGUUAUCUACAAAGAUGCUCGGAAUGCUUAUAUACUCAAGCCUACUCUUCAGCCUUCUGCUUAUUACGGGCGAAAACCGUUGCAGAAAAUAAACAAGGGUAUACAGGUGGGCAUUCAUGUGGUGCGUGGAUUUGAAUGGGCUUCUUGGCAUAAGCUACAUUCGACAAAGAAGCCCGCCAAUGUCAAAAAGGCCGUCGAAAAAGCAGCUGUUUCAGGCGACGCUAAUUUUACGAAGGGCAGUGCCUGCCCGGCUUGCCAACUAGACAAUGAUCGUCCAAAAGUUACCGACCUUUGUCUAGUUGUCCAUGGGAUUGGUCAAAAACUCUCGGAACGAGUCGAGAGUUUUCAUUUCACACAUGCCAUCAAUACAGUACGUCGGUCGGUCAACAUGGAGCUCGUGGAUGAGGGCGUGAAAAGGGUGCUUCGCCCAGAUUUAGGUAGUAUUAUGGUUCUCCCUGUGAAUUGGCGUUCGAAUUUGUCGUUUGAGGCUGGGGGAUCCAUGACCAGCCAGGACCAAGAGAACAACACAUCUGCGGAGUUUACAAUGAAGGACAUCACGCCGGAUUCAAUCGCAGGAGUUCGGAGCCUAAUAUCAGACGUGAUGCUUGAUAUUCCAAUGUACAUGUCCCACCAUAAACCAAAAAUGAUUCAAGCAGUCGUCAGCGAGGCGAAUAGGGUGUAUCGACUUUGGUGCAAGAACAAUCCUGGGUUUCAUGAAGAGGGCAGGGUCCACUUGAUAGCUCAUUCUCUUGGUAGCGCGAUGGCUGUUGAUAUCCUGAGCAAGCAGCCUACCGCUACGCCGAAGCUUGAUUUGAAUUCCAGGAAGAUUAACGCGAAGCACUUCGACUUCAAGUGCACCAACCUCUUCUUGGCGGGUAGUCCUGUAGGUUUCUUCUUAUUGCUCGAAAAAGCACAAUUGCGCCCUCGCAGGGCUAGAGCAAAAGUCGAUGCAGAAGUUACUGAUGAUAAUGAUAAAUCGAUUACCGGAGAAGCAGGGACCUACGGUUGUCUGGCAGCGGACAACAUUUAUAACAUUAUGCAUUACAACGAUCCGAUUGCCUAUCGUCUCAAUCCCACAGUUGACGCACCGUAUUCUACAAGCUUGAAAAAUGCUCAAGUACCUAGUGCCACUGUUGGUUUCUUCAAGAGUCUCAGUAAAGCUAUGAGGUAUAUUACCCCCGGUGUAUCUGCUUCUGAUGACUUGGCUGUCGGCGAAGUCUCAAAGCCUGCGCCGAUACUUCGACUACCUUCACAGCUAGAGUUGGAGAUACACGACUUUACGCGUGAAGAGUUGGCCGAAAAGAAGUUCGCUUUGUUGAAUGACAACGGUCAGGUCGACUGGUUUCUCAGUUCUGGUGGCGGUCCUUUAGAAAUUCAGUACAUCAGUAUGCUUAGUGCCCAUAGCAGCUACUGGGUCAGUCCUGAUUUCAUCCGAUUGAUUGUUACAGAGUGUGGACGGGAGCCUGGAAAGCGUCAUACACUUCCGAAUAUGAGGGCAAGGAAGGUUGGGCAUAAAUCCUCUUAA